CCGCUCCCAGUACUAUCCGGCGUUCCCCAAGGAUCAAUUCUUGGACCAAUCCUCUUUCUUAUCUACGUAAACGAUCUUCCCGAUAGCGUCUCCCAAGAUACUGCCGUGUCAAUGUUUGCUGAUGAUACUAAAUGUCAUCGCGCUGUUCGUAACCCCCAAGACAGAGAAAUCCUACAGUCAGAUCUUAACAAUAUUACGAACUGGUGUCAAGACUGGAGGAUGGAUUUAAAUAAAUCCAAGUGCGGAGUUCUUCAAUUUACUCGUUGUCUCCAACCUACUAUCAACCAGUACACAUUAGCUGACAUCCCAGUCAAACCUUUAACCUGUGUAAAAGAUCUUGGCGUAAGUAUCACCAAAGAUAUGAAGUGGAACCAGCACGUGCAAGACUUAUCCUCAAAAGCUAACAAAAUGCUGGGUUUUGUCAAGAGAACAGCGUUCGGCAUUCACGAUAAAAGA